UUUGCUUUGUCUCCAUUUAGGGAAGAAGACGAAUGAGAAACUGAAGAAAAACAUAAAUCAAUACCAAUGGUUUUGUGUAUUUUUUUUUAAUUAUUAUUAUUUAUUUUAGUUUAUGUUUUUAUUUGUUUUAAAUUAGUUUUUAAUAAAAGAAAAUAUUGGAAUUUUUUAAUAAUUUUUAAUCAAAGUUAUGAGGUGGACCAAUAAUACUUCAACACGUGCCAAAUUUGACAGUAACUAACGGACUAGUUAAGUUAGGGACCAACGGACAAAUAAAAAUUGGGACCUUAGGUAUUUUCACCGCCAAUUUUUGAGGUUGAGGACUAAUCGGCAUCAACCUCAAGUGUUUGGGGACUUUUGCCGCAAUUAUCCCUAAAAUAAAUUGAACCUUAAACCGCAUAUACAAUAAGUUUUUUUUUUUUAUAAGUCGCAUAUACAAUUAGUUUGUUGAGAGAGAUCAGGAAAAGAACGAAUUAUAUAUGGAAUUUUUUUUACCAUUAAUUCCAAGAGGUAGAGAACAGCUAAAUUGGGAUGCACGGAUGAACAUUAUACUUGGAAUUGCCAGAGGUCUUUUAUUUCUCCAUCGUGACUCAUCUUUAAGAGUAAUACAUAGAGAUUUAAAGGCCAGCAACAUUCUUUUGGAUGAGAAGAUGAAUCCAAAAAUAUCAGAUUUCGGUUUGGCUCGUAUUUUCCAGGAAACAGUACAUAUGGCAAACACUCAAAGAGUUGUUGGAACUUUAGGCUACAUGUCUCCUGAAUAUGCCAUGAGCGGAGUCUUCUCAGAAAAAUCAGAUGUUUUUAGCUUUGGUGUCUUGAUCAUAGAGAUAGUGAGCGGCAAGAAGAACUCUAACUUCCAUUAUUAUGAGCAGAACCUCAACCUUGUUGCUUAUGCAUGGCAAUUAUGGAGUGAGGGUAAAGGAGUGGAGUUUGUAGAUGAAGCAAUGGGUGGCUCAUAUGUUGCAUUAGAAGCAAUAAGAUGCAUACAUGUUGGGCUGUUAUGCGUACAAGAUCACACCACAGAUAGACCAAGCAUGGCAGAUGUAAUUUUCAUGCUCAGCAAUGAAACAAAUCGUCCUCAACCCAUUCGACCAAUAUUUACUUAUCAUAACUCUCCCAAAUUGCAAAAGGGUACUACAAGCUCUGUCAAUGAUCCCAAGAUCUCAAUGAUAGAAGGGCCUUAAAACUAAGGGUUCGUUUGAUGACAAUUUUUUAAUUAAUUUUCUAUUUUUUUAAUUAAAAAAGUAAAAAUAUUUUCUAAAAACAUAUUCUAUAGAACUGUUUUCACUUUUUAAUUUUUUAAUUGAGAAUCAAAAUUUAAAAAAAUAUAUAUUUUUGAAAUUUUUUUAAACAAUUUUUAUUAAUUAAUAUUUUGGACUUCGAUUUUAACCUAGACCUUGGGACCUAGAUUCGAACCACUGCUCUUCUGAUCCUAGACUCAGACUUGAAUCUAACUUAAAUAAAUUUAAAAAAUAAAAAAUAACAGAAUAUAUUUUUGUUUUCUAUUUUUAAAAUUAAAAAACAAAAGUAGUUAUAGAAAAUA